AUGGCUUCCUCAAAUCAUCCAGUGGACAAUGUCCUCUAUUUAGCGGACUCUUACAAGGUUCCCUUUUUUAAAAAGUUUCGUAAAAAGUUAUUAAUCCAGGUCACACACCAUAAACAAUAUCCCGCCGGUACGACGUCAGUUUAUUCGUAUUUCGAAAGCCGAGGUGGCAAAUUCAAUGAGGUUCUUGAAAAUAAAAAAAAAAGAAAACAGUUUGGAAAUUUUCAGACGGUUUUCUUCGGUCUACAAUAUAUCCUGAAAAAAUGGAUGGUCGGGAGCGUUGUAACGAAGGAAAUGGUUGAAGAAGCCAAGGAAUUCUACCACCACCAUUUUAGGAACCCUAGAUUUUUCAAUGAGGAUGGCUGGAAUUAUAUUGUUGAGGUUAAUAAUGGAGAGAAAAGAAAAAAAUUCCUAUUUUUUUGAGUUUCUCCUUCAGAAACAAGCUUUCAAAAAAGCUCAAAAAGGCUUUCUACUUAGAAGGAAUUUUUUGGAGCACUCAAAGAAUUUUUCAAAAUACUAAAGCUCAAAAACUUGCGGAAUAAAGUGACUGAAAAAUUGAUAUACGAGAAAAAAGGUCAAUUUUCGAACUUUUCCAAAGUAAUUUUUAACCUUUUCCUUAUUUGAUCGCGGACUUUCAGAAACACAACGGUCAUCUACCUUUGAGAAUAAAAGCCGUGCCAGAAGGAACCGUCGUUCCUGUCAAAAAUGUCCUUUUCACAGUCGAAAAUACGGACCCCGCAGUGCCUUGGCUCACCAAUUGGUUUGAGGUUAUACUUGGUUUUUUUUUUUGAAGGAUAUUGAUCUUUUUAGACACUUCUGGUUCAAGUUUGGUAUCCAAUGACAGUUUGCACGUUCUCCAGAAUGCAGAAAAUUAUGAUUGGAAGGUGGGUGAAGGGAAAAUCAGAAGGAAAUAUUUUCGCGUUGGAAUUUUUUUUAUGAUGCCGUGAAAUUCAAAAUGGCCGUCAGAGAGUGAAAAGAUAACUGAAUUUUGGAAAGUCCGAGAUAAUUUUGCAUUUCGUGGAAUGACUUCAAACACGACAUAAGGAGCUGAAAGAAAUAAUUUGAAAGUUUUGACGGUUAAAAGAAUGAAAAUAUAGUAAAAAAAUCCGUCAUUUUUUUUCAAAGUAUUGAUGAUAAAAUAACAUAAAACAGUUGAAAUAAUUCAAAAUAAACGGAUUUUUUUCAGGUACCUUUACCGGACUUCCGGGUCAAUCAACGGAUUGUCAUACAAGCUGCACGAUUUCGGAUAUCGAGGAUCGACUUCUGUUGAAGUUCAUAUCAUUUUCUCGCUUAUUCUUGUUUUUUUCUUGUCAAAGUUAUCAGGAAAAAAUGUCGAGUAAUCUUCAAAUAAUCUGUAGUUCCGUGUUUUGAAGAUUUUUUUGAGCUAAAAAACGGUUUUAUUCCUUCAGAAAUUUUUUUUUCUCUGCUCUCUUCUUUGAAUAUUACUCUAUUUUCUCUUUCGAUUUUAGUCAAGUGAUCCGUUUUUUCAUUCCUCAGCAAAGACAUAGGCAAAGUCAAAAAAAGGGGAAAAGGCUACAUAGAAAUUUUUCUUUAAGGGUACCAAAGGAACUAUUUUUGCUGUCUUUUUGAGCCAUUUUAUCAGCUCUUAUGCUCAAUUUUUACUGCCUCUCUCCUUUUUCCACCAUUUUUUGAGUCUUUAAAAUCCCAGAAAAAAUGGAAGGCUCGAUAAAGGGACUCUUUUUGCUGUAUUUUUGCUACCUUUUUGUAGCCUUUUUGCUGCCUUUUUUGAGCCUCUCCCUUUUAGCGGCCAUUAUCCACCCUUCCGUCUUUGAACGAGUUUAUUUGUUUCAGAAAUUUUAUCCCAGAAUUUUUCUGUCUUCAACCAAUUUUCCUCACCUUGUUCGCCAAUUUCUCUCCAAAUUCCAGAGUGCAGCCAUUGGAGGAGCUGCCCACUUGGUGAACUUUGCCGGAACCGACACAAUUGCCGCUCUUCAGCUCUGCAAAAAGUACUAUGAUAAUCCUAUGGCUGGACUUAGCGUUCCUGCCGCAGAGCACAGGUUUUUUUUCUGGAUAUUCGUGACAAAAAACAUGCGAAAUUCGUUUCGUGCAAUCAAUUAUAGGCCAUUCCACGCUAGCUUGUCACGUUUUUCUUGCCGCCAAUAGGCCAGGUCAAAUUUAACCAACUUUCGCUUCAAAACCUUUGUUUCUUGCCGUUAUAAAAGCAGAAAUUUGAUCUAAUUUGGUAUACGAUCUUUUUGGCGGGAAGAAAAGACGUGACAAGCUGACGCGGAAUAGGCUAUAAUGCAACGUUUAAAGAAACACGCGUGAAAUUCAAAAUUUUCUCUGGCUCUCCAAAAUUUUUUUAUUUUUUUCACUGCCUGACGGUCAUUUUGAAUUUUUUAGAGUUACUUUGAACAUAGUCCUAAAUUCGUUAGGAAAAAGUUAAAGAAAUUUUUUUCAUUUUGAAAAAUUUUCAAAGGAUCCCCAGCAUUAAAGUUUCAUGCAGCAAAUCCCACUUUUUCGUUUUUCGGAUUUACUUUUUUUCAUUUUCUUCUCGUUGAAAAAUAAAUAAAAUCUGAAAUUCUCUGAAGAUUCUCAAUCAUAAAUCGCAACUAAAAUUAAGCGAAUUCGUUUUUUUCUCACAAAAUGCAACAGAAAACUUCCAUUUUUGCUCAAAGAAGCUUCAUUUCCAUCUAUUUUUCAACAGUCAACUGAAAAAUACUCGUUUUCCCAUCCCAUCAGUAAUAAUUAACCUUUUUUCCAACCAAAUUUCAUUAUUUUCAUUGUUUUAGCACGAUCUCGGCGUGGACAAAGACUGGAGAAGCUGACGCGUUCCGAAAUAUGAUGGAUCAGUUUCCUACAGGUUUUUUUAAUAUUUGUUCAUUUCUUGCUGAUUUUUAAAGGCACAAAAAUCGUGUAUGCAUUAAAAUAACACUGAAACUGUUGUUCGCCUCAAGAUCUUCAUAAAAGAAUUUGUCUAAGCUCCUUUAAAAACCCAAGCAAAGAAACUGAAGAAAAUUCUUGGAAAAAAAAAGAUUUCAGGCAUAGUUUCCGUGGUUUCCGACACCUACGACAUUUACAAUGCCGUUUCCAAUAUUUGGGGCGACGAGCUUCGUCAAAUGGUUUUUUUCGUUUUUUGAAAAAAAAAAUGAAUUCGAACUUCAGGUGAUGGACCGAGAAGAAUAUGGAAGCUUGGUGAUUCGCCCGGAUUCCGGAGAUCCGGUAACCGUCGUUUUGAAGGUUUUCCAUGAAAAGCUCCCAAAAAAGCGAAAUUUCUAGAUUUUGGAACUGUUAUAUGAGCGAUAUCCGUGUCUAACGAACUCUGAAGGAUACCGAAUGUUGCCGAAUUAUUUGAAGAUUCUACAAGGCGACGGGAUCAGCUAUGAAUCUCUGUUGACUAUUUUGGCGGCCGUUGAGGUUCGGAGAUGUUUUUUUAAUGCUAAAAAAAUUUUUUUCCGGUUUCAAAUUUUUUUUAAACAUACCACGAUGAGUUUUCUUUUUGGUUGGGAAUAUGAAAAAAAGAAACAUGGAAAGAAUAAAAUAAAUAAAAAAAUAUUUUUCAAAGAGAAAAAUCGUCGUAAUCUUAUAGUCUGUGUUCCACGACUUGAAAUUUCACGUAACGACAUUCCGCUGCGUGCGUUCGCGAAGCGUCUUUCGAACCUAGGUCACGCUUUCAAUUGAUUUUUAUUGCUGUGGGAGCAGAUGAAAGUAGAGUGCCUUAAAAAAUCAAGGUUCGCAUAGGCGCACAGCGGCACAACGGAAUGUCGUUCCGUGAAAUUUCAAGUCGUGGCAUACAGAAUUCAUCUCACUGGCAAAAUGCAACGGAUAAUGGCCGCUAAAAGGGAGAGGCUCGAGAAAGGUUGCAAAAAGGCAGCAAAAAGAGUCCCUUUAUCAAGCCUCCCAUUUUUUCUGGGCAUUUAAAGGCUCAAGAAAUGGUGGAAAAAAGGAGAGAAAGCAAAAAUGGUGCAUAAGGGUUGAGAAAAUGGAGCAAAAAGGCAGCAAAAAAGGAGCCUUUGUCACUCUAAAAGAAACAUUUUUAUUGAGCCUUUUCCAUCCUUUUUGACUCAGCCCGAAUAGGUACCCGAAAAUAUGAGCUCAUUUAUCUUGUGUUUAUUUUGAAGUUUGGUUUUUUUUUUCAUCCGAUUCCAUUAUGCUUCUAGCUCAAAAAUACAUAGAAGAAAGAAAAAAUUAAGGUUCUAUUGCAGUUAUACUUUCUCCUACGUUCUGCGCCUUCAAGGAAUAUAUUAAUUUUUUAAAAUACACUACGAAGCUAUAUCUUUCUCAGGAAGCCGGCUGGUCAACUGACAACUUGGUCUUCGGCUCGGGCGGAGCUUUGCUUCAAAAAUUGGACCGCGACACACAGAAAUGCGUCUUCAAGUGUAGCAGCGUCACUGUUAAUGGAGAAGCGGUUUGAAAAAAUUGAAAAGUCAAAUUUAACCAGUACUCUUUAAGAGAGACGUCUGGAAAGAGCCUCUGACGGAUUCUGGCAAAACGUCGAAAAAAGGGCGCUUGACGCUGGAAAGAGACGAAGCGGGACAGUUAGUAACGAUCGAGGAAGGUCGGGGGGAUCCGGAAAAGGUAUGGAAAAAUGAAAGUUUAAGGUUUAUAGGUAUUUAGGAAGAGUAAUCUUGGAAUUUUCACAUCUAUCUUACAGUCAAAGUAUAGAAGCUUUGCAUAAUAGCCAGAUUCUUGAGAUUUCUUAAAGGCAUAGGGGCAGUAAAAAAUGGGGUUUCAGGUGAAAGCAGUAUAUUAUAUAGUUUUUCUUUGCGAAUCGAAUGGUGUACUCAAAAAAAUUUAAGAUGUGACAACUUUAGAAGAAAAACGCGAUUUUACUUUCACGCUUUUAUUUUUGAAAAAAGCUUUGGAUCGGUAUGCAGACAACUGUUUACAGUAGUCGUGCACGCGAUGUUGCGGACGUCUCAUUAGACUCGCAUUUUGUGAGAAAUAACCGGAUAUCUGCUUCAAAUUAAAGGUUUCUUCUCUGAAAAACAUUUAGUCAAACAAAAAACACACAUUGAUAAUAAAAGAAAAACACAAAAUAUCGCUAUCCCAAUCGAAACCUGUGUAAAAUCAUCAUUUUUCACCAAAGAAGCAUUUUUGCGAUCAAAGUUUGCAAAUUAUACAUGAAUAGAAAGUUUUUGUGACGAAAAGAACUUUGAUGACAACAGAAAAAAUUGAAAUUUGAAAGAAACGAAGAAAAAAGCGAAAAUCCGGAAGAUGGCGAAGCCUGUUGUCCAUAGAGCAACUUUACUGCAAAGCGCCCUUUUCGCGGGAACUCAAGCUUUCCUUUCUCCGAUUUUGAAUUAUUUUUUCUUCAAAACUAGGAAGUUCGGUACGUUCCCAAGUUUACCGUUCGAUUCGCAAUGAAAAGCUCUACAAAGUACUGCUUUGAACUGAAACACCGUUUUUUACUGCCCCUAUGCCUUUAAGAUUUACAGACUUUUACGGACUAAAGUCAUUUUUGAGCUUGGAAAAAGUUUUAAAAUUGGUGAUUUCUAACGAGUUUCUUAACUUCCUUGCAAAGAUUGAUUAGCAUCUUUUUGAAAAAAAUAAUUUUUCAAAUUUUGAUGCCAUUAGUUUAAUCAAUGCCUGGCUUUGAAACCAUUCAAAAAAACUUCUUUUUCGAAAUAAAGUUGUCUUUUUAAAAACAGAAAUAACUUGAAUUUAACAAGAAAAAAGCUUUCUUUGAAAUUUCUUGAAAACGUACUGAAUAACACUAGGGCGAAAUAAAAAAAAAAUUACAUUGAAAAAAACUUUUUAAGAGAGGAAAUUUGUCAUUUUCUUGGAAAUACUCAAUUUAUAACAAUUCCAGGACCUUCUGGUACCAGUUUUCGAAAACGGCCGCCUGUUAGUCGACUACACCUUGAAAGAGAUCAGAACACUUGCCGGAGCUGAUUUGUUCCCUAAGAAAAAUCCCAAACGUUCUUAG